AUGGCUACCACGGCGGCACAAGCGCCCAGCGCCGCGCGCCACACCGUCAACUUCAUCACAGGUAACGCCAACAAGCUCGUCGAGGUCAAGGCCAUCCUCGAGCCCGCCAUCCAGGUCGAGAACCAGGAGUUGGACCUCAUUGAGAUCCAGGGCACGCUCGAGGAGGUGACGCUCGACAAGUGCCGCCGCGCCACCGAUUUGAUCCAAGGACCCGUUCUGGUCGAGGACACGAGCCUCUGCUUCAACGUGCUCGACGGGCUGCCGGGACCGUACAUAAAAUGGUUCAUGAAAUCCAUCGGCCACGCAGGGCUCAACAACCUACUAGCGGCCUACGAGGACAAGUCGGCCAAGGCGGUGUGCACGUUUGCGUACUCGCCGGGGCCGGGCCACGAGCCGAUAAUAUUCCAGGGCGUGACGGACGGCAAGAUCGUGCCGCCGCGGGGGCCGGCGUCGUUUGGAUGGGACGCAAUCUUCGAGUACCAAGGACAGACCUAUGCGGAAAUGGACAAGGUGGAGAAGAACAAGAUCUCGCAUCGCUUCAAGGCCCUCGAGAAACUCCAAGCAUGGUUCGCCAAUGAGAUGAUGUCCUGA